AUGAUGCUGGUCGCACACUCACUAUGGCUGCUAUGUGCCGUCAUGGCAAUGAGUGUAGCAGCUCUAUCAUAUGAUACAAAGGACCUGCGACUGAGCGUCACCUCGUUUGAUGGUGGCUCACGACUCAAAAAGUCGUUCGCAUCGGCUAGGGACCUGCCCGCUGAGCCUGAGACGCUCACUAUGGAACCAGACGAUGUGAUCAAGCUCGCGUUCUUUGCGUCGCUAUCGUCCGGUGAAAAGGCCACGGGUGAAUCCCUGCCGCAUCAAGCGUGGGUCGUGAUGGACGACGAGGAUGCCUCGCGCACAUCCAUUUGGCCAUUGCAAGUACGUGGCUCAUCAUCUUCUGCAUCAUGGAGCUUGCGCGUCGACCGUCUCAGCCCAAAUCUGAAGAGGAAGAUGGUUGAGGCUGGCCCCAAUCACCCUUUCCGUCUGACACUGAUACUCGCCUCGUUUGCUAAGGACCCACAGUCGACCAUCGACCCUCUGACCCUGCCCCUUUUGGACGUGCAAUUCUCUCAGAGUAUGCUAAGUCGCUUCGAGUCGCAAAAGGUACCGUCGGCGCGAUACGAGGCCGAGCUUGCGGAUGGCUUCCAUCCCCAACCCUUCCACCAGCACACAUUCCAAGUCGAGCCAUGGCAAACCAUGCCCCCCAAAGCUGUGAGUCUCGGCUAUGCUCUUAUUGUCCUCGCUGCUCCGUGGUCGAUUCUGCUUGCACUUUGGCGCCCGUUGUUUUCCAAGACAGUUACCCUUAGUCGAUCGGCGUCGACGCUUCUCGCCUGCGUGUGGAUCACUGAAGUCCUCGCAUUUCUGCAUUGGGUCAGCGUACCUGUUUGGGUCGUAUUUCCCGCCGCUGGCGCUACCCUCGUUGCAGCCAUGCUGGGCGGCCGCUCUGCGCUCUCACAGUCAUGGAUCCGCACUUCCGCGUAG